CUGGAGCUUGACGUCAAGAAGCUGGAGGUUCCAGGCUAACAGUGAUGCUGUUUGUGCCGCAUUCCCCGCACCGGAGCCGCGGGAAGAUAUUCUUAAAGCCGCAGUGAGUGCGGCCGGGUGCGGAGCCAGGAAUGGCUGAGUCUCCAGCGGCGCCUCGGAAACAUCAUGAGGCAACUGCACGGGCUCAGGGAAGCGGGGCUGGUAGCGCGGCGGGAGAUGGGGAGUGUUUCUCGCUGGAGGAGAUAUUGGAUCUAUACAAGCAGCCGAUCAAUGAGGAGCAAGCUUGGGCUGUGUGCUAUCAGUGCUGCCGGGCCCUGCUCCGGGGGAGGGGGGUUGGUAUUCCGGCAAGGAAACUAACAGGAGCCGCGGAGAUUGUCAUUGGGAAGGAUGGAGCUGUCAUUAGCAGGCACGACUGGGCGGCAGGAGAGUCCGUUGAUUGCAGGUUUACAGAAACAGAGGUUAUUGUGUCUCUUGGGAUCAUCAUUUACAAAGCGUUGGAUUAUGGGUUGAAGGAGAAUGAGGAAAGGGAGCUUAGCCCUCCUUUGGAGCUACUGAUUGACAACAUGACUAACACAGAGAUAGCUGGAAGUAAUGAUGAAGGAUAUGAUGCUCUUGAUGAAGAUGAGACCGAUAGUGAAAAAGAAUCAACCGGGUCUAGACAAUCUUACAACAAUGUAAUGAAGCUUUGUGCUUUGCGUUUGCCAACUCCAUCAGAAGCACCCAACCACUACCAAGCAGUAUGUCGGGCCUUGUAUGCAGAGACUAUGGAGCUGCACAUGUUCCUGACCAAAAUUAAAAGCGCAAAAGAGAGUUUAAAGAAGAUUCAAGAAAUGGAAAGAGAUACAACAGACAGAGGUGGCUCUGAUUUAGAUGAGCUGAAAAACGCAGACUGGGCCCAUUUCUGGGUGCAGGUCAUGCGGGACCUAAGGAACGGUGUCAAGCUAAAGAAAGUACAAGAGCGCCAGUACAACCUGUUACCAAUAGAGUAUGAGCUGACACCUUAUGAGAUGCUUAUGGAUGAUAUCCGAUCUAAACGGUACACCUUAAGGAAAGUCAUGGUUCAGGGUGACAUCCCACCCCGAUUAAAGAAAAGUGCUCAUGAAAUAAUCCUGGAUUUUAUCCGAUCUAGACCUCCACUUAAUCCUGUGGCUGCUCGAAAGCUUAAACCUACUCCACCCCGUCCACGAAGCCUCCACGAACAGAUCCUGGAAGGGAUAAAGUCAGAACGAAAGCUGCGUCCUGUUUCCUCCCCCGAUGUAAUUAGGCGCAGCAGAUUAGUAACACGGCCUCUUAGCAUGUCUUACAGUUUUGACUUGUCAGAUGUAUCUACACCAGAAGAAACAAGAAAAGUGUCUGGCAAAACAGUGUUAAAUGGUGGGGUGACACCGAAAGCCAAGGUCAACGAGAACCCAAUGCAGGUGGCUCUACAGCGGAAGAAGCUCCUGAAGGCUCCAGCCCUGGCUGAGUUUGACAGUUCAGAAUCAGAGGAGGACUCAGUGCACAAGUCAACAAGCAGCAGUAGCGUGUCUACUUCUCAGCCUGAUGAUGUCUCCCCAGAUUCUGCUUCCAGCAGGAAAACUCCUCCCAAAUUCCUACCCAUAUCUUCCACUCCUCAACCUGAGAGGCGUCAGGCUCCCCAAAGACGCCACUCCAUUGAGAAGGAGACACCAACCAGCGUGCGGCAGUUUCUUCCUCCAUCACGCCAGAGCUCAAGAUCCCUGGUCCCUAGGAUAAGUCGUUUCUUUCAAAGGAUGCCAUUUCGACCAUUUUCCUCCAUACUCACAGCUUCCCUGCUGGGCUCCCAUCUUUUUGAAGCAGCUGUACUUGGGACAGCAGGGGCUGUGUUUUAUCUGUUUGGGAAAGCUUAUUCCAGCAGGUGGAGACACCCCCAGGAGGAGUUCUGCUACCCGGUGGAAAGCCUGGCUCUCACAGUGGAGGAGGUGAUGCACAUACGCCAGGUGCUGGUAAAAGCCGAGUUGGAGAAGUUCCAGCAAUAUAAAGAUAUCUAUAAUGCCCUGAAGAAAGGAAAGCUUUGUUUGUGCUGCCGAACAAAAAGGUUUUCAUUAUUUACCUGGUCGUACACUUGCCAGUUUUGCAAAAGACCAGUGUGCUCACAAUGUUGCAAGAAGAUGAGGUUACCUUCUAAGCCAUAUUCAACACUUCCCAUCUUUUCCCUGGGCCCUUCAGCCUUGCAGCGAGGCGACAGUUUCCUGAGGCCAGAGAAGCCAUCCACUAGCCACCAACGGCCACUGAGAAGCUUCUCCAAGUUACCUUCCAAGGCUAAGUCUGUGGACAAAUCGAAUAAAGAUGAACUUCAGUUUCCUAAAGAGCUCAUGGAAGACUGGAGCACCAUGGAGGUGUGUGUGGACUGUAAAAAGUUUAUCUCCGAAAUCAUCAGUUCAAGCCGACGCAGUUUAACGCUCGCUAACAAGAGAGCUCGGUUAAAACGCAAGACGCAAUCAUUCUACUUGUCUUCCACAGCGGCUGCAGAGUUUCGGCCUACUGAGAGAACAAUCAAUGAGAUAUGAGGACUUGUGCCUUUUAUUUUAUCUUUUCCUUUUGAUUUGCUUCUGUCUAUGUGACAAAGCAGACUGUUGAUGUUCUUUGAGUUUAAGCUUACACCCUGCAAUCAUGGCACAAGUUUCUCUACUCCUAAAACCCACUUUACUUUAUUUCCCAGAAACAGCGGCUGGUGGCUCCCUUGCACUGGAAGAAUCCAGUCAUUGCCUUUUUUUAAUGUGUCAUUUUGUACGAUGACUUCAUUACAUAAACAGAAGUUCUGCUGGAGUCGGUUGGCUGUGCUGAGUUCAGAAGGAACCUACACGGACAAACUUGUCACUGUUACCUCAUUAAAUAGACUGAAUUUCUCCUUCCCUGCUGAAAUGGAAACAUUCAGACUUUCUUCAGGGUUUCAUUUGCCAUUAAUUGGUUUUCCUUUGGCCGAAACAGAGAAUUUAGGUCUUUGGAGACCCCAGCUGCGUCCGUUAAUGAUGUUUUUGUUAUACGAAGUAGGGUGCUACUGAUUGAAAUCCUACAAUAACCUGGUACAGGAACCAUAGCACUUUUAUUAUCUCCCUCAGUGCCAAACAAAGUCUUCCCAAGCCAGACCUUGAUUCAUAUCUUCAUACAUCUAUGCAUUUGCUUCUUUUGUCUCCCAGUAUGUUGGCUCAUAGGCUUACAGACGAUGGGGUGGGAGUAGAAAGAGUGUGGCAUUCUAGCUGAAUGGCUGUUUCUAGGUUAGAACAUAACCUGUUACAUUGCUGAGGACAAUUCUCCUACUUUUAUAAGUAAGCUUCUUAAAUCUUUGUAUGUCUUAAUUCAUGUUCAACGACAACACACUCUCAUAAUGUUCUGUGUAAGAAUACAAAGCUCGGACAAUUUUUUUUAAAGAUACUGGAAGAGCGAAAAUGACUUUUAUACGUAGACACAGGGAAGUAAAGAACUUUACAACAUUGUAGAUAAAAGGGGUUUUGGUUGUACUGUUUUACUAGAGACACAUGCAAAGAUACAUUCAGCAUAUUCCUCUUCUCUUCCCUGUGGUUCUAUAGUGAAGUUUAGGGGUUGGAUGUCAGAACUGCAGCUCUCUCUGUUUCACAGGUCACAGAAGCCAGUCUCCUGCAGGUUUCACAUCCAUAAUAAAAAGCUUGGGUUCACAGUCA